AUGGCCGACGAGUCCCAAUCAAAAGACGAAGACAACACUUCCAAUUUCCAGAAAGUCCAACAGACUCAAGCUCAGUUGGAAGCCAUCGAAAAGGAAAUCCGAGAGAACCAACCGUUGACCUCGGAAUUGAAACCAAUCGCAACUUUGAAAGCAGUCUACAAUGGCGACGACAAUGCCAAGUUCUUUGUGAGCGGUGUGGAUUACUUAUCGACUCUCUAUCAGAGUACUCGCAUGACACGGGGAGAUGGAUCAUGUUAUUAUCGAAGCUUUUUGUACAGUCUGAGCGAACAUUUGAUGAAGAAUGAGGCCGAACUGACUCGUAUUACGAAGUAUGUCAAGGAAUCCAAUUCGGCCGUGAUCAAUGUGGGUGGCUACGACGAAAUGGCCAUUGACAUUUUCUACGAAGCCAUUGUCGAAUUCUUUGAGGAACUGCCCAAGAUGACACCAGAGAAAUUGCACGAAGAGUUGACUCAAGAGAAUGCCACUAGCGAUUACUGUACCUGGUAUUUGCGGGUGUUGACGGCAACCUUUUUGAAAUCGGAUCCCUCCCGGUUUUUGCCCUAUUUGGAAGAUGGGUACAUGGACAUUGCGACAUACUGUCAAACACAGAUUGAACCCAUGGGCAAGGAAUGUACAAUGGUAUCCGUUUUGGCUUUGGCGGAAGCCUUUCAAGUGCGAGUGCAGAUUGAGUACCUGGAUGGCCGUCCAUUCGAGGACAAACUUACCCGACACGAGUUUGGACCAGAAGAGAGUCUGACCAAGCUGUCGCUCUUGUACCGGCCGGGUCAUUAUGAUGUCUUGUACGCUACAGCCUAA